AUGGAGCCUUAUCGAUACAAUGCAACACGUGAAGAAGAUGAAACUUUCGCCUUACCAUCUCCAUAUCCCCGCCCAUUAUCAUCAUCCUCAACGCCUGCUCCGCUCGCUCCCGCCCGCCCCGUCACCAAGAAGAGAGGCAAGGGUAGCGGGCGGCGCGUCCGCCUCCCCGCCCUCUGCGCCGCCAGGAUUUUCCAGCUCACGCGGGAGCUCGGCCACCGCACCGACGGCCAGACCGUGGAGUGGCUCCUCCACCACGUCCACCCUUCUGUUUUCCCCUCCAGCUACGCCGCCGCCACGGAGGACCUCUCCGCCUCGCCCUCGCCGCCUUACUACCCUCAGACUCCGGCGGCGGCGCCGGAGACAGAGCAGGAUGCGGUGGGAGCGACGUCGUUUAUGGCUCUGCUGAUGCAGGCGGAGAAAGGGGAUUUUGUUGUGCAACAAGAAAUGGGUGAUUAUUGA